CGGGUAGCUGCACAACACCACUUGCCCAUCCUCAAACCACUACUGCGAUCAUCUCGAAUAGGCUGAAAUGUCCUGUCGCUUCUGCCUUGCUGUCUGAGGGGCGACUCAACCUGGUCAAUGCCUCUGCCUAAGUCCCUCCGCCGUCCCGUACGUCGCACUUCAUCAGCGUCAGCUGCGGGGACGUCACGACGAAGGAGAUGUCGCACGUGCAACAACCUCGAUCCUCGGGGUCAUACAAACUCCAUCCAAGAUGCUGAAGCUCUCAAAGAACCCAAGGCAAGUUUGAACCUGGUCCUUGAUGCACUAGCCUUAUCCAAUGUCAAACCCACAACAAAUGGCACAUGCCGGUUUUGUGUGGUCCUUGUCCAAGCGCUCGACGCAUUCUUCAGCGAAUGGCGAGGAAGUCGAUGUAGAGUCAAUGUAAACAUUAAAGAGAAGGGCACGAUCAAGUUAAGCCUCGAUGGAGGCCAAUGGGCGGGCCAAAUGGUUGAGAUAUAUGCGGGGUCAGCUUCGCGAACUCCGUGGCCUACGCUCGGAGCAGCACAUCACAUUCCAGUCAAUGCCGGCUCUGACGAAUCUUUCAACUUCAUCCGUCGUUGCAUACAAGGCUGCCUCGCCAAUCCGAAGCACACAGCUUGCAAAGUCACUUGUGAACCAUCCGUGUCGGCUCCGAAGCGUCUCAUAGACGUAGGACGGUCGACAAAGCCGAUUCGUAUACUGGAGACGCAAGGAAAAGCGUUUCAAUAUAUUGCUCUCUCACAUUGCUGGGGUUCAGCAACUCCUUUGACGGCCACGAAGUCUUCUUGGGCCAAGCUCACUGUCAACAUACCGUUCGGUGACCUUCCACCCCUCUUUCAGGAUGCGAUUAUCAUCACGCGACAACUUGGUCUACGAUAUCUCUGGAUCGAUUCGUUGUGCAUCAUUCAAGACUCUAUAAGAGACUGGGAAACAGAGGCUGCGAAGAUGGCCAGCAUCUACCAGAACAGUUACGUUACGAUAUCGGCGACCAGCGCGAGCAAUGGUAGCGCGAAGUGCCUGUCAGACAGACAGAAACCAAUCAAGAUUCCAUACGAAAACACUACGAAGAAGGAGUUUGCUCUGAGAGCAAGGGUGUACUCAAAUCACCAUCCGGAUGCGAAUGGCAAACCGGCAACGCCAACAGGCCCUUUGACUUUACGCGCAUGGGCUCUCCAGGAGCAUGCGCUAAGCACAAGAGUGUUGCAUUACACAUCUACCGAGUUGAUGUUCGAGUGCAGAACCUCUUACCGUUGCGAGUGUAUGCCGGAACGCAAGACGCGGGCAACAACCCCAGCACUCAUUCCUAGAGCUGUCGCGAGUAAACAGGCCGACGCCGUCUGGGCUGCAUGGCACCGCAUAGUAGAGCAAUAUUCGACACGAGCACUCACUAUGCCAGGAGAUAAGCUUCCAGCUAUAUCUGGGAUCGCAAGUAAGAUCAGAAAGGCAACACAUUCCGACUAUCUUGCUGGUCUCUGGAAAAGCAAUCUGGCUUUCGAUUUGUUGUGGCAAAGGACCGUACCUACGCCAUCUGAUGGCGAUUUUCACGCUCUUGAAACAUGGCGCGCACCGUCUUUCUCUUGGAGUUCACUCGAUGCACCUGUCACUUAUUACACGCCGGACGAUGACGAGCGGGAGACAUGCCGGUCUAGCAUAACCCUUGUCUCAUCAACUGUCAUCCCCACAGGUCUCAAUGCCUUAGGCACAGUAUCCGACGCGUCCGUUACCCUGCGUGGGCCUACAGCUACGGCAACCCUCUCGGGCAGAUAUAUUCGUGGUGCUUGGGAAUACACCCUCACUAUCAAAGGCACAAGUGCGAUCCAGAUCGCACACGACUGUUGUCUCGUCAAGGCCGGGGUCAUAUCCGAUGCCAAUGAAGAGCAAUGGACGGUCCGACGAGCAAAGCAAAACCAGACCUUGUCCGAAUUCGAAGCACCUGUACUCUGCUUGGAAGUGGCACGAUACGAUGACUUCAUCUCAGGGAUUGUGUUGGGCCUCUCGGAGCAAAAACCUGGGGCAUGGGAACGGCUUGGCACGUUCGCAGCAGAAACAGAGAGUUUGCGGCACACAAAGGAAAAAGAUUUGGUUCUCGUAUGAGCACACCGUGCAUAUCAUGAGGAUGCGCCCUCUGUUCGAAACAUACCAGGGGUAUGAAAACAUCCCUAAUACCGCUUGACUGCCCCAGGCCAACUUUCCGACACUUCCACCAUUCAGCGUUGCUCGUCGUACUCGUACUGUGGGUCGGAAAAUAAAUGCAUCAACGUGUUUCCGAAUUGGCACCUGUCUCUCGCUCGCCAGUCAUGGGCCUCAGUCCUGGCGUAAAUGCGAUGUUUCAUGGCAGCAGAGGAUAUAUACUCUGAUCUACUCCA